AUGAGCUCAGCUGCUCUACAAGUGACGCUAGCGAUCGUCAUGUUUCUGACAACCGCCGUCGCUGGAUUCAUCCCGUUAAAGCUUUUGCGAAUUCUCGACAAAAAACAUGGCGAUAAUAAGAAACAUGGGAAAUGGUUGUCACUAUUGUCAUGUUUUUCCGGUGGAGUAUUUAUGGGAACCUGUUUUCUGGAUAUAAUUCCACAUAUCAACGAGAACUACGAAGAUUUCAAACUGUUAUCUGGGACCGAUUUCCAGUUCCCUUUACCUCAAUUUUGCACAUGUAUUGGAUUCUUUCUUGUGUAUUUGAUCGAGGAGAUCUGCAUGAAGGUAUUCUCAAUGAAACACGAUCACAAUCAUGAUCAAAUCGAAAAAGCGGCACCACCGGCUCUGUCUCAAAAGGACACACUUAAUCUGAGAAAUACUCAAGCACUGCUCGGUAUAAAGGACAACGAGGACCUACGAAACACCAUGCAAACGCACAGAUUCAGCCUGGUGAUGGAGGAGACGGCUAAUUAUGCGGUUGCCGAAUCCUCUGAAGGAUCGUUACUGAAAUCGCUCACGUUCGCUGUAGCGAUGUCAUUCCAUUCAAUCCUGGAAGGAUUCGCUCUCGGUGUACAGAAUACUACCGCCCGAAUCGUAACCUUAUUUGUUUCACUCAUUUUACACAAAGGUGUAGAGGCAUUUUCCGUAGGAUUACAAAUAUCGAAAGGGAAUAGCAAUAAGAUAAAAGCCGUUGUAGCAACGAUUCUCGUGUACGCGUUAAUGACCCCGUUGGGUUCCGGACUCGGCACCCUUCUUCAGCUCUCCAAUAUCAGCCCAUUGCAUAAAGACGGCGCUGUUUUAAUUUUGGAGUCACUCGCAGCAGGCACAUUCAUAUACGUCACAUUUCUGGAGGUGCUAGCACAAGAAAAAGACAACGAACACAACAGCCUCAAACAGUUGUUGGCGAUUUUUAUCGGGUUUGCCGUAAUUGCUGCUUUGCAAAUUGCUUUUGGGGAUCACGGGCAUGAUGGAGGUCACGUUCAUACACUACCUCCAGAAUUUUCCACUACUCUUUUACCGCAUUAG